CGAUCUGCCGGUCGGGUGGGUAGCGCAGGCUCUCCGCAGGCAGGCGGCAGCAGCUAACAGAACCAGCCCUGUCCCGCAGCGCGGGGGGGUUUGGGCAGCUUACAGUGAAUAAUGGCAUUGAACAGGCAUGAAAUGUGGAGGAGGAAAAGGAUUUGAGCUGCUGCUGCUGCAGAAGGUGGAUUUUGGCCACAUCCCUGAGCUAUCUAAAUCAUGUUUGAACAUCCUUCAUGUUUGUGCCCAUUGCCUCUCAUCCUGUUGCUGGACACUGCCAAGAGAAGCCUGUUUGCAUCUUCACACCUCCAACAGUAACGGCCUCCCCAGCUGAAGAUGUCUAACAAUGGAGUGGAAGCAGAAGACAAACCACCUGCUCCUCCCAUGAGAAAUACCAGCACCAUGAUUGGAUCAGGAAGCAAAGAUGCUGGGACCCUGAACCAUGGCUCCAAACCUUUGCCCCCCAACCCAGAGGAAAAGAAGAGGAAGGAUCGAUUUUACCGAGCCAUUUUGCCAGGAGACAAAGCCAACAAGAAGAAAGAGAAGGAGCGGCCAGAGAUCUCCCUGCCCUCGGACUUCGAGCACACCAUUCACGUGGGCUUCGAUGCAGUCACAGGAGAGUUCACGGGGAUGCCAGAGCAAUGGGCACGUUUGCUGCAGACUUCCAACAUCACCAAGUCGGAGCAGAAGAAGAACCCUCAGGCAGUGCUGGACGUGCUGGAGUUUUACAACUCCAAGAAGAUCUCCAACAGCCAGAAGUACAUGAGUUUCACAGAUAAGUCAACAGAGGAUUACAAUUCAUCAAACACUCUGAAUGUGAAAUCUGUCUCUGAGACCCCUGCAGUGCCCUCGGUGUCGGAAGAUGAGGAUGAUGAAGAUGAUGCAGCUCCACCCCCUGUGAUAGCUCCACGACCUGAGCACACAAAAUCUAUCUACACUCGCUCUGUGAUCGAUCCCCUUCCUCCUCCCACCAGAGAUGUGGCCACCUCUCCUAUCUCCUCUCCCUCUGAAAACAGCACAGCAGCUCCUGACAUGGUGGUCAGGAACACAGAGAAGCAGAAGAAAAAGCCCAAAAUGUCAGAUGAGGAGAUCCUGGAGAAAUUAAGAAGCAUUGUGAGUGUGGGAGACCCAAAAAAGAAGUACACCUGCUUUGAGAAGAUUGGACAAGGAGCCUCAGGUACAGUGUACACAGCAAUGGACGUAGCUACAGGACAGGAGGUUGCCAUCAAACAGAUGAAUUUGCAGCAGCAGCCCAAAAAAGAGCUGAUUAUAAAUGAAAUCCUUGUGAUGAGGGAAAACAAAAACACCAACAUUGUCAACUACUUGGACAGUUACCUUGUAGGAGAAGAGCUCUGGGUGGUCAUGGAGUACCUGGCUGGAGGCUCCCUGACAGACGUGGUGACGGAGACCUGCAUGGACGAAGGGCAGAUCGCGGCUGUGUGCCGGGAGUGUCUCCAAGCUCUGGAAUUCCUCCACUCAAACCAAGUUAUCCACAGAGACAUCAAGAGUGACAACAUCCUGCUGGGAAUGGAUGGCUCUGUCAAACUAACUGACUUUGGCUUCUGUGCCCAGAUCACUCCUGAGCAGAGCAAACGCAGCACCAUGGUGGGCACCCCCUACUGGAUGGCACCUGAGGUGGUGACAAGGAAAGCUUAUGGGCCCAAAGUGGACAUCUGGUCCUUGGGGAUCAUGGCCAUCGAGAUGAUCGAAGGAGAGCCUCCCUACCUCAAUGAGAACCCCCUGAGAGCCCUCUACCUGAUUGCUACUAAUGGGACUCCAGAGCUGCAGAACCCAGAGAAGCUUUCACCCAUAUUCAGAGACUUCCUAAACCGCUGCCUGGAAAUGGACGUGGAAAAGAGAGGCUCUGCCAAAGAGCUGCUCCAGCACCAGUUCCUGAAGAUUGCCAAGCCUCUGUCUAGUCUCACUCCUCUGAUUCUUGCAGCUAAAGAGGCAGCCAAGAACAACCAUUAGGGUGCUGAAGCCUACAUGCUUGCCGUGCCCACGCUGUCAGAUGUUCAUUCACACACUGAGUUGCCUGAACCCUUCUGCUCCUCCUUCACAGGGCUGCCCUUUAGACUUUGGCCUGCCCUGGAGGGCACAGAGGUGUUGCUGGCUGGAGGAGGCAGGGCAGGCAGCAGCGAUGUCGCUGCUCUUACCCAGCUGCCGUUCCCAUCCUCCUGGUGGGGGUGAGAGGGGGAAGCUUCCCAGGGCUGAGAAGAGCCUUCUGAGGACGUCUGAACCCGACCUCCACGGAGCAAAGCCAAGUCUCUUGUCAUACUUCUUACUGUGUUUCCUCUUCGAAGUGAUGUGGAGCCUUAGGCCAUGUUUAUCUUCAUGAAUUAAGUCUUGGACUGCUUCUGGCAAGCUGCUCUUAGGCCACCGAGGCUGCUCUGUGCUGUGGAUGACUCCAGGAGGGAAGGAAGCAGGCAGCAGACGUGUGAGCAGCUGUGACAACUGACAGGGGAGUCAGGCUGUGAGCACUCAUCUCCUGCAGGGCUGCUGGAUGCUUGCAGGGAGCGUGAAGAAGGCUUCUGUGUGCUUCCUGCAGCUUCUGGAGGGCUUCGUGGAUGAUCCUUUUGCCAGAGUAUGUGGACCUGGGGGGACUCCUCCUCUCCUUUUAGCUUCGACUCAGCUAGUUUAAACAAAGCCCAGACGUUGCUGAUGUUCUAGAGGGUGAAUCACAGGGGGGAAGAAAAUGGCAGAGGGCUCUUUUAGGGUUCCUUGAUCAGUGCUGUGAAGCUUCUUAGAGACCCUUACCCUGUGUGAUAAAGCAAACAGAGCAAUGACCCUUGUAAAGAUGAGAUUUGCCUGCCAAGUGAUGUUGAAAACUCUACUUAAGAGUGAGUCCAAUGGGAAACAAACUGAUCCUGGAUGCUGCUUUCUUCUUGGAGACCUGGGGAAGGUUCCUUUGUGGCAUUGAUGGUGGUUUCUUUAUGCUACUGAUUCCUUUGGUUGCUCAUAGUCUGUACAAAGAGCAGGGGACCUGGAACUGCUGGAGGGGUUGGUUUUAAACACUGGGCUUGUGUUCAGCUCUACACUGACUUUGAAUAAAGUGACUGCUGCCUUUCUUA